UCCUAUAAGCAUUAGGUUAACCGAUAAAACGGUAAUUUAGAUUUUUUUAAAAAUUCAUUUAUCUGUAAUUGAUAGAACAAAAAAUAUACAAGUCAUGUAUUAUAAAUAUAUAAUAUUCAUACUUCUUAAUACCUGGGUUUCGCUGACAUAUGGACUAGUAAUUUAUCGGCAGCCAAAUGGAGAACAAAGCAUAUUAUCUAACGUGUACGUGACCAAAAUAUUCUCAACUAGUGAGGAACUUUAUUUGAACGAAAACGAUUCAUUAGAAAUAGAGUGUACAGGUGUAAAAAAUCUGGAAUUUAUCUACCCUCACAAAAGAAUAGACAUCAAAUCAUCGCCAAUAGAAAUACUUUAUCAUAAUACAAAUGGUCGUUAUAGAACAGUAUUAAGACGAAAAAAAGCAGUUUUCGGUGACACUGGAUGGUAUAGUUGUCUCGAUCUCGAUAAACUUAGAGAUCGUCCUCUUAAUAAUUUCGUGACUGAUCUAACGCCGGAUAAUUACAAGGAACCUGAUGUCAAAUGGGUUUUCAUUUUCGUAAAAUCUAACAAUGUAGCUUUCGUCAAUCCUCUGAACAAAAUGACUAAUUUACGAGCAGAAAUAGGGGAUGACAUCAGACUUCCGUGUCGUACAAAUUCACCCGAGUACCAAGUGGUCUUUUAUCACGAGCACGAAAGAUUUGAGUUAAACGAAAGAUUGUCAUACGACCCAAAGAAAGGACUUUUGAUAAAAAAUAUCACACUCGCAGACUCUGGAUUAUAUGACUGCUUUAAUUAUAAACACCAUAACAGAGUCAGUUAUAUACUUCAUGUCACAAAGCAUUUGGCGGAUCUCUAUAAUCCGGUCAUAAGUGAUUACCCAGUGGGUCACUUGCUCCCUGGUGACAAAUUGCAAUUGAAUUGUACUGUCGAAAUCGCUGAUGGUACCAUGUUUUCAUUUAAAUGGAAAACGCCGCACACGAGUGACAGAAUAUCAACACACAGCUAUUAUCUGCACGAAGACUCUUCUUCAUUCGUAGUUUCUAAUGUGCUGACUAUAGAAGGAAUCACUAGCGAGGAUGAGGGUGAAUAUGAAUGCGUGGUUUCUACAUCUAUGAAAACAAACUCGGCAAAAGUAAAUGUUACGCUGGAAAAAACGGAAUCUAAGACUGGACAUAAAUGUUUUUGCAAUGAGACAGAACUGUCUGUUGUAAUUGACAAUUUAAAAAAAUCAAUUGUCAGUGAUUUCAAGCUUGGGCUCAAUAGAAUUAUUUCGAGAACUGUCGGAAAUUCAGUUAGAAAAGAACUUGAGUCAGACUUGGGGUCGAUUCAAUCGAAGCUCGAGUCUGUUUUAAGAUUCGUUGACUCUUUUUGAGCCGAAUAC